GCCGAACCAAAUUUGUCAUGUCCACCCCAAAAAGCUUACAUUCCAUGACAUCCCAAAACAGUGUUUUAUGCAAAGACAUUCCUUGUCACUUUGGCAGACCGUUACAAAAUGAAAAUUUGAAAAAUUGAAAAUUGAUCCUCUUAUGUGGCGCAACGACAGUUCUAGAAAGAAGAGCAGCAGCAAACAAACGCUGAAAGAGCGAGACGUAAGACAUGUAAGGAUCGAAGAUGUAUCAGCUCUAUAUGAAAUCUACGAAUUCCAAGAAGAAAUCGGUCAUGGAAGUUUUGGAAUCGUUGUAUCUGUUGUUGAAAAGCAAACUAAUGAGAACUAUGCCGUUAAAAUUGUCAACAAAUACUCUACAGUGGUACAUCAGUUGUCGAAAGUCUACAGAGAAAUCAAGAUAUUGAAAACUGUUAAUCAUCCUAACAUAGUAUAUUUGUAUAAAGUUUUUGAGUCUGCCAAGAAGAUUUACAUGGUUAUGGAAAGAUGUAGGGGCAACUUAAAAGAAGUUUUUGAGAAUAAAAAACCUUUUUCAGAGAAGACAACUAAGAAAAUUAUCAAGCAGUUGGCAAACGCAGUGUACUAUCUCCACAAGAACCAGAUUGUCCACAGAGAUAUCAAGAUGGAGAAUAUUCUUCUAUCCAAAAAUCCUGAUAAUCCUACAGACCUAUACUUUAUCAAAUUGUCAGAUUUUGGAUUGAGCGUUAUCAAAGCUGGAAGUUUUAUACAAGGAAUGAUGCAUGACAGGUGCGGAACAAUGCUAUAUAUGGCCCCAGAAAUCCUUCUAGAACGAACGUACAGUGAACUAUGUGACGUGUGGUCGAUUGGUAUCAUUUUGUACACACUUUUGUGUGCCAAAUAUCCAUUUGCUGAUAGACACCAAGAAGAGCUCAUUAAUCAGAUUUGCUCAAAAGAUCCAGAUUAUUCUCCUAUCGAGCUCACUCCGGAUGCUGUGGACUUACUCAAGUGCAUACUGGUUCGUGACGCAUAAGCUACAGGCAAAUCACUACCGAUUGGACCCUGACUAAGAACUGCCCCUAAAGCUACAUUGCUUGCGUCUGUUGUCAAAUUGAACGGUCUUGUGAAGUCUGGGUACUGAAGUAUUGGGUCGUUGGUGAAGGACCCAGUUCAACGUAGCACUGCUCUAGAAAUCCUCAAACACCCAUGGUUGAUGGAACACAAACUCAAAAGCAGAAAAGAUGAGACUAUCAUUGAUUAUAUGAAAAAAUGGAAGAGUGAGAUGUUGCUGCCAGGGCAUGACUCUGAUUGGAUGAAGAUAUCGGAGUCGGACAUUAGUAUGUUGACCGGCCUAUCCAUAAAUAUCGGAACUACGAACAGUAUGAAGAGCGGAACCUCGCAUGUUUAGUAAGCAUCGUCACUAAAAAAAACACUAUUUAUACACUUGUUUUUAAUUUUGUCUACAUUGCUUAAUAUACAAAAAUAUAAGCUUUGCCUUUUA